AGAAAUCCCGUCUAGAAUUCUGUCCUUUGCGGCGUUUUGUUCAUUUUCAAGGCUCUUGGAACUGGCGGAAUUUGGAGAGAAAUUCAUUAAACCCAUUCUUCGUCUUACACCCAUCAUCAUUAUCAUCAUCAUCAGUCCACAUCAGUCUAGCCUUUUUAUUUUAUCUUAUUUUUUUUUGUUUUUGUUUUUCCUUCUCUCAACAACUUCAAACUUAUAUCAAUACGUUACGCCCUCCCCUCCUUUAACUGCUCUUCCCCCUAUGGAUACCUUACCGGUCGAGCUUAUGAGACUUGUCUUCUCUCAUUGCGAUCCCAAGUCAGUUAGGAAUCUGAGAGAGGUCACUCGCUUGUUAGCAGAUGUGGGCUACGAAUAUUUGCUGUCUUCUCACUUCACCGCUGUUGGUUGGAGAAAUGAUAUCGACCGAUUACACUCUAUCGCGCUGCACGAACGAUUGAGAGGCAGCAUCACAUCUAUUUGCAUAUUCCUCGGCGAACUUUCUUUCUACGAUGCUUGGAGCACCUCAUGGUUUCAACAUUUCGUCACGCCUCCAGCUCACCGCAAUGAGAUAAUGGGAUCGGCUAGGCAGGAAUUCGACAAAAUUGAAAGGGGGCGCAAGGCAGUCGGUCCAUUGCAUCUGAAAGCUGACGAUCUGCGAGAAGCAUGUUCUAACCUUCCAAAUCUCAAGGAAUUUGAGAUCACUUUCACCCAAUGUCCUCUCAACAAUGAACUCCUGAAGGAGGUAUUUGACUACCCUAGCUGUAGAAAACUGGAUCGACCUCAGACGUAUAGCAACUUGGAUGCUAUCAUCUCCUCACUCCAUGGCGUGCCUCUAACCACCUUCAAGGUGGAUCGACUCCCCCUUGAGAUGUUCCGCUCAAAAGAUCACCGCAACCAUUGGUUCACGCAUGCUCAAUCUUUCAGUAGUCUGGAGACCCUCAACUUAACCCUCGACCCAUCAGGUUUGCAAGGCCCCGGAUCCGCUUUUAGGGCCGUUAAUGGACUCGGUCGCAUCCUUCAGCUCGCCACGAACCUGCGAAAGCUGAAGCUCGCAUUUCACCCCUAUUCUAGCGAAAACUCCAAAUUCGCCCUGUCGUUCCGCGAGCUGUUCUACGACUUCACGUAUAAGCAGCUCACGGACCUGACGCUCGAAGGCGUCUCGUGCGAGGAGGAGGACCUCAAAUACUUCCUCGCGCGACACGGCGCGACUCUCGUCCGGCUACGUCUCGGCGGUCGUGGGCUAGCCAAACCCUUUGAGGUCUCGCUAGGGGGCAUCCACAUGUACGAGGGGACCUUCAAGUCGCUCUUCACGGGGCUCCGCGCCAAGGUCCCGAAGCUGGAGCGCUUGCACCUCGAGGGCAUUUUCGAGUGCGAGCACCACGACCUACCCUCCCACGAGGCCUACAACUUCUACCCCCUGACAAACGAGGACUGGGAGGAGGUCCCACGCCCCAAAUGGGUCCGCAGCUCCCGGAAGACCAUCAGCUGCUCCCCUUUUGAGCAGUAUGUCCUCCGUGGGGGACCGUAUCCCGGAACCGCUUUGGCCCAGCAAAAUUACUAAGUCAAAAAAAGGAUGAAGUUAUUUUUUGGUCAUAGGUUAUAGAUUAUCGGCAGCACGGGACGGGUCAGAUUGAUUUUCUGGGCGACGCGCGGCCGCCAUUUC